AUGACCGCGGCGCGGGCCCUCGCGCCGCGGUCGGAACCCGACGGGCGUCUCUCAGAUCCCCAGGUCUCGUCGCAGCCUUCCUCGCUGUCUGCGACAAGCUGCACGCCCCGCGAGGCCCUGCCGACAGGCGACGCUUCCUCAUCACUCCGCUCAUCUCCACGUUCUCGCGCGAACUUCAGUUUAUCUCCUCCCCCGGCCCUCGCUGCAUCUGAUUCGGCGUCUUUAGCGGCUCCCGCAGAGUUCGCCGCGCCCUCUGCGAGCCCGCCCCCGUCGUCGCUCGUCGUGGAAUCCCUGCCAGUCGACGCGGCUGAGGCCGCUGCAGGCCUCCGCCGCUUCCUGCGCGGCUGCUUCGCGCAGGCCCUGGUGGAGGCUCGCCGCGAUCGCCAGGCCUCCGCGCCGACUGCCGCCGCCUCCCCAGCCGCUCGGUCUGCGGCGCCCACGGCGGUGUCUCACUCCGCGGCCUCAGGGGCUGCGAGCGACGAGUCACCGAGGCUGCAGACGCCCGCCCCCCGGCAGGCCUUCGAGGAGGAUGCCACGCGCGCGCUGGCGGAGUGCGUGUUAGACGCGACGAGCCUCGCGCGUCUGCACGCGAGGCUCCAAAGCUUCGCGCGGGCGCGCGCGAGCGAGACGCUGCGCCAGACCGUCGAGCUGCAUCGCGACAGCGUAGUGCAGCGCGUGCGCCAACUGGGCUCGUUGAUUGUCGAUCUCGGCAGCACCUACGACGAACUUCACAUACACGCCGAGGAGGCUGGGCACGAGGCCGCCUCCGCGCGAGACGGGGACGAAGGCGAGGGCGGCGCCGGCGCGACAGCCUGCUGUCAGCGCGACGCGUCUGCUUCUGAAAACGCGGCAGGAUCCGAAGGCGUCGCGCGGCUUGGCUGGCCUCGACGCGCCGCAGACGCCGACGCAGACGUUGAGCUGGAAGACGGGGGCGGCUCGGGGGAUGCGCCUGCGGAGGGCUCUCCGGCGCGGAAGCACGCGAAGCUGGAGCGUGUCUCCGUUGCGUUCUCCGAGGAGGGCAAGAUGUCCCUCGAGGAGGCUGUGGCGCUGCUCGUGGAGCAGCCGUGGUAUCUCUGCCGCGAGUUUCGGCUUAUAUACGAAGACGCGAACCUCCUCAUCGUCGCCAAGCCCUUCGACGUGCGCGUCGACGUCCCACUGAGACGCGACGGUGAAGGCAGCUUUUCUGCGGGCGGCGCGACUGGAGGUGAGGGAGACUCAACGACUCUCGCGGAGGCGCAGGGUGCACAGACGCAGGAGACGGUUGCGAAGGAGCAGGCCGGCGGCGCGAGUGCGCAGCUGCCUGGGGCCUGGGAGCGGCGCUUUGGGACGGAGUUUACCGUUGCGGACUGGUACCGCCGCCACUGGGAGAGGCGGCGUGCGCGGGGAGUCGCGCAGGGACACACUGACCAAACGCCUGCCGCGGAAGGCUGCACAGUGCGCCUCUGCCACCAGCUCGACUACGCGACCUCCGGUUUGCUCAUGCUCGCGCACAACCAACGAACGGCGCGGAUCGUUCAGACGCUGCUGCAGAGGCGGGAAAUUCGCAAGGAAUACUUGGCGCUGGUGUACGGACACCCGGCGUGGACAGAACUCGAAGUCCACACGAUGAUCGCGCCGCACGCGACUCACGCGUUCAAAAUGAUGGCCACCAACGAGCAGGGCGAGGCUCUCAAGCCUCUGGCGCCGGAGGCCUUCUCGCCGUCGAGCUCGGCGUUCAUCUGCAGGCACGGAGAGGUCACUCCUGUCUACGUAUUGGGCCUCUCGUCGCCGGAAGGCGCGGCGUCGCGCGCCGCGCCUUCGUCUGCCGGCGGCCGCCAGCUGCCGCUUUCCACCGUGCGCGGUGGCGAGGCCGCGACUCGGUCGGGAACGCAGGGGCGGCGCUCCAGCUCUCGCGAGCGUGGAGGCAAAUGCGCGGUCAGCCGCAUUCGGGUGCUGCGCAAAGGCUAUCUCCAUAAUCUCCCAGAGCCGCUGGCAGGGGCUCCAGGCUCUCUUGUGAAACUCUCACUCCUCACAGGGCGCCGUCAUCAGCUGCGGGUACACUGCGAACACGUGGGCCACUCCAUCGUCGGCGACGCGGCCUACGGCUGCGGAGACCGGACGCCUUUUCGAAUGUUCCUGCACGCUACGUCUCUCCAGUUUCGGUCUGGGGCGUCGUGGGCGCCUCUCGCGGCCUCUGCGGGCGCGGAACUUUUUUCAGAGUUCUCCAAGGCGUCGGCGUUUCCCGCUGGACGGACUCCGGUCUCGGCGGACGGCGCGCAGAAGCGCCAAGGCGGGCGGCGAGGCAGACGGGAAGAAGUGGACUUUCUGCAGUCUCUCAAGAGCUCGGUGUUCUUCGACGACCCACAGUUCAGCUUCUUCCUGCGCCCUGAAGAAGCUCCCCCAGGCAGUGAACAGCAUGUGGAGCCCGAUGCAAGUGGCGGCAGGGGGCAGUGA